AUAUUCGGUAACCGGCUCUACGGCGUCCUCUACCGGCGAACAACAGGCAGUGGGAAACGAGAUUUUGCGGUGCGCGUAAUUUGCUUGAAAUUAGAUUUAAUCAGAUGUUUUCAGAUUCAUAUCUGAUUCUAUUAUAUUCUGUUCUGCCAAAUACUAUGGUUAACUAUCAUCUUUGGAACAAUAUUAGGUUUAAACUAAAUGUGUCUGAAUUGUUAUAUAGCUAAGCUUUACGUAAUUAUAUCAUUGUUUUUUAUAAUCAUGUAGUAUUUCAUAAUUGAUAAGUCAGAUAUAACCUAAUAGUGUUUUGCCAGUUGUUGGUUCAGGCUACAAUAUUCCAGUUCCAGUUACCUCCAAAUGAUGGCGACAAAAUACACAAGAUGGCUCAACCAUCCAUCCAAUUAAAUGACUAUGCCUGCAUACUGAUGUGUCACUUCUUUUUUGUUAUCGUCAUCAUCAAUCCUAAUUAAAAGUACAAAUUGAUAGUAGCUGUAAAGUGCAUUAGUGUAAAUAUUGUCAGGUUGUCAGGUUGCUCUCCUUUCAACCAAUUAGUAACCCUGCAACUGAUAAGUCUGGUAGUAUUAAUCUAAUAUGCAUUUACCGUAGAAAAACAACAAAUCACAAUAGCCAGGCUAGCGGUUUUAACUUUUGAUUCAUUAUGUGAUCCUAUUACUUGGAGUAUUAGACAAACAAUAUGCUAAUUUAAAUGUUUUUAAUAAGACAAAAAUAUAAGCCUUAUGAAUAAGGAUGAAUACAUAAAUUCUGUGGAGCGGCAACGCUGAGAACCAAAGAGCAGCAGAACUCUGAUCUCCAGAAGACACUGGUCACAACAAUAUUUACUCACUGGGCCCAUAGAGAUUACUCCUCCCAGGAACAGUGGUGGGAAUGUGAUGGAAGUGGGAAGUAUGUGUUAGUCUCUGACAGGAUGUGAGAAUUUAUGUUUGCCUUCCAGUGUAGCCACUUAGAAAAGAAGUAAAAGGAUGUUUCCUCUACUGACGAGGUCCAUACCCACCAGGUCCAUUGUUUACAGGAAUGCCACUCAGCGGGUUCAACGGUCAAACAUCUACAGCAAACCAGCCAAGGAUUCCAUUGGACCGAUGCAGUCCCUUUUCACGCUGGCAACGUUUGCCGUGACGCUCCUGGUUCCUGCAGGAUGGAUCCUACACCAGAUUCCGGUUUACCGUCAAAGAUCGCCACCACCUCCCCCCUGACGCGGAGAUCAGUCCCACACUGAAGCCGAGAUGUAACUGAUGGGAACAUACAUGAUAUUUCCUGUUGCAUGCAAAUUAGUGAGAACGUGUUGCACAACUCUCCUAUAGUGUAUUGUUUUUUUAUUUAGAGUAUGCACCACAAAUGUAUUGCACUGCUUUCUGUAAUGACGCUGAGGGAGAAAAAGAACACUGAGUACACACAGGAAAUAAAUAACAUGUUGGAAUGGAUUCUGUCUGCGUUUAGAGAAAUCUAUUUGUUUGUUUAACCCAGGCAGAGGACUAUGUGUAGGUCAGAGGGAAGUUCAGGACCACACUCAAGUCCCAGGAUGUUGUGGAUAAUAUUUUGAUCGAAACCAUGUUCUGGCUUGAAUCUGAGAGCUGCGUUAAUCACAUAAAAUAUACAGGUAAUAUUUUACAUAUCUGUUCUUCUGAUAUAACAGUGGAGACUCCGUAAUCCAAUGUUUAUUGAAUCUACAAUCAUUCACAUUAACUCAGAAAAUACCAACAACGUUUGUAAAAUAGAGAAAUGCGUAGCCUACUAUGGUCAUUAGGUAAAGCAGAUUAAAAGGCAGUGUGUCAACAAUCUGUUGCAUAUGUUGUCCCAGCAAGCACGGCUCAGUCCAGUGAAGAGACAUACUCAUGGGUGAACCAUAUUUCCCCCCCAUCAUUCUUCACCUUAAAUUGACUAUUUCUUGAAUGACAAUUUAUCAAAGCCGGAGCAGUCCAUUUGGCAAGGUACGACGUUCAGUUCUGCAUCAAGAUUUCUCUCUCACCGGCAUCGGGGCUUUAACGCUUUCCCCAAUUCAUAAAUCGGUCUCAUGUCGCCGAACGCUUCGUGUUGGUGAUUGGUGCAGGAGCCACUGCGAACUGUAACACGUUCAUUUCACAAGUGGUACAAUCAAGCCGAGCUCGGAGCGAGGAAGGGGAGAUCACUUUUCACGACUGGAGGAAACACAGCGCCGGCGAGGAAACAAUUGACAGUGUGCUUUUCUCUUUCCCAUUCUAAAAGUGCUGUCCGAAAUGUCUACCAAGGCAGAGCAGUUUGCUUCUAAGAUACGGUACUUGCAAGAGUAUCACAACCGUGUGCAACACAAUAUUUACCCUGUGCCUUCUGGAACAGACAUUGCAAACACACUGAAAUACUUUUCCCAAACCCUACUCAGCGUUCUGCGCGAUGCCCCGUCUGGCCGCGGGGGGCAGGGGCAGCAGAGUCGGGACGCUCAGCUCUCAGAGUACCCCUCUCUGGACUAUCAGGGCCUCUAUGUGACCCUCGUGACCCUGCUUGACCUGGUGCCCCUGCUGCAGCACGGUCAGCAUGAUCUUGGACAGUCCAUAUUUUACACUACAACUUGCCUCCUGCCCUUUCUCAGUGAUGAUAUUCUCAGCACUUUGCCCUAUACUAUGAUCUCCACUUUAGCCACAUUUCCCCCUUUCCUUCACAAAGACAUCAUUGAAUACCUGAGCACCUCUUUUCUUCCCAUGGCGAUAUUGGGUUCGACUCGAAGGGAGGGGGGUGUACCCGCGUAUGUCAAUCUCUCUGCCUCCUCUAUGCUAAUGAUAGCCAUGCAGUACACCUCAAACCCAGUGUAUCACUGUCAGUUGUUGGAGUGUCUGAUGAAGCACAAGCAGGAAGUGUGGAAGGACCUGCUUUACGUCAUAUCCUACGGACCGUCCCAAGUGAAGCCCCCCGCCGUGCAGAUGCUGUUCCACUACUGGCCCAACCUGAAGCCCCCCGGAGCCAUCAGCGAGUACCGGGGUCUGCAGUACACAGCCUGGAACCCCAUCCACUGUCAACACAUCGAGUGCCACAAUGCCAUCAACAAACCUGCGGUCAAGAUGUGCAUCGACCCUACUCUUUCCGUUGCCCUGGGCGACAAGCCGCCGCCCCUCUACAUCUGUGAGGAAUGCAGUCAGAGGAUCGCAGGAGACCACCCUGAUUGGCUCGUUGACGUUCUCCUGCCCCAAGCUGAGAUAUCCGCCAUUUGUCAAAAGAAGAACUGUAGCUCCCCACGUCAGAAGGGCGGUUGUCACCUGCUUCUCAGCUGGGUGCACGGUUGA